GUUGGAUCUCCCGUUCUUUGACACUUGCUUCAAUACUAAGUAGUACUUGAUUUGCGAGCGAUCCGUACCCGUAGGAGGGAACUCUCUCAAUUUUAAAUGUCCAUCGUUGGUUUAGGCAGGUUCUACUAAUAGUAAUAGGUGUAGCAUUUACAUCGGUCUUAUUUCCUAUCAUAGCUGUUUGGGUCUAUGGAAUAGAAAAGAUGUAAAAUGGUCUAAAAUCAGCCAAGAUGAAGGCGUCAUGCUCCACAGGAAGCACACGGCGCAGAUUGUUGGUGCAGUGCGUGCUGCGGUGGCAAAGGCAAUAACGGUAACGGUACCCUCAGAAGACCGUUAGAAGACUGAGAUGGCCCGUGACCCGUGCUCCCCGAUAUUCUAGACAGAUCCGCAUCUUCAAAAGGAUUUCUCUACUAAGCCAGAUGAAGAUUCUUGCGACCAACAAGUUGCAAGAAAAAACGAGGACAAGAGUCUACCGGAAGCUGCUUGUGGUGUCAACGAUGCAAAUGAUUUGAGAUUUUGAUCAGAACUACAACAAUUAGUCUUGCGCGGCGAGGACCAGGACACGAGCCAACGUACAACUUAGCUGCUGAAGGAGGAAGCGACGAAGGCAAGAACAAGACGCAAAGAGGGAUAACAAGACCAGUAAAAAGAUGUCGUUGAUUUCCAUAUCCCAAGAUGCCUCCUUGUGGCGCUGUUCGUUGCUGCAUGUGGAUGGCAUCUUCGUGUUGUUGGAUGCUGGUUUGCCUUUGUGCAUGGAUGAGCGGGAGGACGUGGCACAGUUAUACCAGCCCUUGAUGCCCUAUAUUCCUGAAAUCGCCUUCGUUUUGAUCUCCCACCCGAGCACGCAGCACUGUGGGGGGCUGCCCUACCUCUACUCUCGAUGCGAAUUGACGGCACCCAUCUUGUGCACGGACCCGGUGCGCCAGUUAUUAAGGCUCCAGUUUUUGAUUUUUUUCAGAACCACUCCUGCAGGACUGAGACUGAAUGAAGAUACAAGCGAACGUGGUUUUUAGGAGUAAGUAGGUAGAACCAAGUAGAAUUUUGUCGACGACACCUGUUCCUUCUGACUAGUCUGAGAGAAAGAAGCGAUGGUCACCAGAAGAUGUUCAUUUUUUUGAUGCUGAGCUUCACCAGUUAUUGAACACAAGGAAAUAUGAAUUAGACUAUUUGUAUCUUUCUAUUUGAACUAUUUGUUGAAUUUCGUCGACUAGAGGCUCACUCCCACUCGUCUAAGCUGAGGAGAGUUGGCGUGCAUCGCGUUCGCGGAGGAAGCGUCCUUGACAAGUGCCAACCAGAUGAACCAAGUGGAUCUCGAAGAUGUGGUGAGUGUUUUUCUUAGUUCCAACUUCAGAACGCUCAAAUUUGGAGAGCGCUUUCUCUAUCGAAAAACGAGCACGGCAGUGAUGUCAUCAUCUGGGCAACGAGGGGCGGCGGAUUUUCGGUUAGACGAAGACGACGUCGCUGACGUAACUGGUUUUUUCUCCAAGACCAAAGGGGAAAGAGCGUCCCCGGAAGAGGACGACCUCCUCCAGGGCAAUGCUCUCGAUGCAGCAGACGGUGACCAAGACGUCAACGGACCUUCAACAAAAGCACGACGGCUGAGUGGCGCGAAAAAGCGCACCUCCGGAGGGUUGGACUUCCACUCCGAACACAUUGGCAGUGGAAGCGCUUCAAGAGGGCAGCAUCAGACCGCGUCUACGCAGGAAGUAACGAUCCAAGCUUUUCCUUGUGGACUGACGAUUGGAGGAUGCUACUUUUUCCUCUCUUUUGGGUUACAAAAGCUCGUGUACUGCAUCGACUACGACCUGCGAGGCACGCGCAUUGUGGACGGACUGGAUACCGAAAAUCUAUUGACAGUAGGCGGUGGCGCGAGGGUUCUGUCCCGAAAUCACAUCUUCAUAACAGCUGUGCCACCCACGCGCAAAGAUAUUCCGCGACUGGGAUUCGAUCGAAGCGUCACCGCGACCGCAGUUCCCCAGCACACGCACAACAACAAAAAGAAUGCAGCAGGCAGUGUCAAGAACGUAAUGCAAUAUCAACAUUUGAUGUUUUGAAAUGUUGCACAAAAACUAGACAUUUGAUACAAAAAUCUUGUUGGUCUACAACAGCCAGAAGGUUUAAGAUUCACUGAAAAUUCUAUUUCAUCUGCGUGCCUGAUAUUAUUGCAUCAAUCGCCAUAAAUGAAACCCAGGUCUGCCGUACUUGUGGUGAGGAGUUUUUCAUAGAAAAGACGAUCGAGGCGUUGCGGAACGGUGGCGAUGUGCUUAUGCCGACAGACGGGUCCACGACUAGCGCUUUGGACUUGAUCCAUCUGUUAGACGAGGCCUGGAGCAUGGAUCCUAACGGUCUCGCUGAGAAAUUCGAGCUCUGCUGGGUGUCCCCAGUGAGCGACGUAGUUUUGGAGCAGGUUCGCACGCGAAUGGAGUGGGUCUGCAAGAAGCUCCAGGAACAAUACCAUCAAGGAAGAAAAACACCAUUCAGGUACUUACGUCAUGAAGAAGAAAUUUUGUUUCAUUCUCAAUUGGGAACUCGUUUUUAUCUUUCAGGAACUCGUUUUUAUCUUUCACCUUCAUCGUGAUCCUAGUCUGACUGAAAAAUAUUAACUCUCGAUAAAGCCAGAAAAAUCGUACGCACACCCUUAAACGAGCGCGUUCUCUUCACUCCACUUCAACAAGUCGAUCAAAGGUUUCCGUACGUGAAAAUGUUUGCGUCAAUGGAGGAGCUUCAAGCGCGAGAGGCCCGUAUUACUGGCCCGAAAUCUCGGAAGGUCAUCAUUGCGAACGGCCACACCUUGGAGAAUGGGGAGGCCCGCGAAUUUUUUCUGGAGAUGUGUCAGAACCCCAAAAACCUAGUGUGGCUAUUUGGCUUUGCGCAUAUGCCUGAGCAGACACUGGCUGGGGAACUCAUGUUCGAUUUUGUUGUCAACAGAGUCCAAUACCGUACGUACAACACAAAGCAGUACACGAGGACGCGAUACACAGAACCGGAACUGAAAAAGUACUUAUCAACUUAUUAUUGAAGAGAACAAUUUUGAGGUACUUUUCUUGACCACAGAGUGAUACUGAUAGAAGCGCUGUAUGAAGCUGAAAAUAGUUUUUGGAAUUGGAAAGUAGAAGAACUCAAAUCGAUCUUCAAAAUUGACGAUAGAUGCAGGGCCUUCUAGUUUAUUGGAGACAAAGUUACGUCGAAUGUCCACAUGCUUAAUUAUACCAUAGAUACCCCCCCAAACAUCAAUCAAGGUACUAUGACCGGCGUGUUGAGGAAGAGGCCAGGCGAGACCAAGAGAACGUCGCUAAGCGGAAGCGAAAGCAGGAGCUUUAUGCAGCUUUACGACGUGAGGAGGCAGGCGAAGCGGGCCUGAGCGGUGAAAGUGGGGUGGAUGACAACGAUCCGUCUUUUUUGAGAGCGGAGCAGGACGCCUCCACUUUUCCGGCUUUCCACGCUGUGGCGGACCGAUUCCCGAAGCACAGGAAUUUUAAGAAUUUAGAAUUUACAUUUAGUUUCUUGUUCUCACUAUGACCCGUGCCAAGAGGUUGCACUGGUAGAGGUCCCAUAGAACAAUCACAAACGCAAUAUUGGAAAUUAUAGAGGGAUGACCUCCAAAUCUAAUAUGAUUGAGAGUUCAAGGCAAAAAAGGCGCAAGGCAAGAACUUACCUGGUGCGUUCCUCUCUCUCACCUGCAUAAGCUUUGAAAAACCAAAGUAUCUGCCUCUAAGAGUCACACCUUUGAAUUUCAGCAAGCACGCGGAGGGGACGACGAUUACGGUGCGCCGCUAGGUGUGCGCGAAAUGGAUGCUUGGAAAAUGUCACAUGAGUACGAAAGCAUCGUAACAGACGGCUCAAGGGAACGAAAGGGAGGAGAUAAUGGUAUUUGACGAGCCACAAACGGCUUGUGGGUCAACUAAUGUUGGCUCUUGUUCAUCUGCUCUUUCACUGUGGUAGAAAUCAUAGCUGUGUUGUCUUGUCUCGAACUCGAUGCUUUUUGUGUGUGACUUAUGUAACCUUUGAGAGAUUUAUGAUCACACCUGUAGCUGCAAUCAUCUUCGAUUAUUCACGUGUACUACUUCUCAGACUUCGUUUAUAAGUAAGUACAAAAAAACCUUUACCUCCAGGCGGAAACGGUUCAGGCGACGGAAAUGACACUGCCAACUUCGACUGGCUGUGGGACUUGCGGGUUCGCUUUCGAGAACCUAUGAAGAUCAACGUGGAGGACAUAUCCUUGAAUGUGCAAUGCGCGGUUCAGUACGUUCCUAUAGGCCUCCGAGACCAUCGCGACAUGCGCGCUCUUAUCAGCUCUGCGGCCCCACUGCAACUCGUAUACAUCUAUACACAAUUAUGAUUGAUUCGAUCUUCACAACAAAUACAGAAUUUGAAUUAUACAUAGAACAAUAUGUCGAUUCAUUCUAGUUUUGUAUAACUAGCAUUUUUCAGAUUCAGGUAGAGUUUUGAUUCUGUGGUCACUACAGGUUCUUUUACCGUCCAAGCAGCAUGAGGCUGAGGAAGGUGUGAACAGUCUUCGCCUUCAGUACGAGAGCAUGAGCCAAACAGUGACGGUUGUGAAGACGUUCGGAAGUGAAGGCGUAGUGCAUUUUGGUGCUGGCUUCAGCCGGAAGAAGAGACGUGCUGUCCUGCACGAGGACUUCAUCCAGAGUCUGAACUUCUCGAAAUGCCUGAACCACUCUCGCAUCGCCUUUGUUCAGGCGCAUACUCUAGCGAACAUGAUGAGGGAUCAAAGUGCUGGUGCCGCGAAUGCAGCGAUAACAGCGGGGGCGCCGGCACUUGCGAAUGCGGCUGCGGGAGCAAACGCAACAGCGCUCGAGGACGACGAUAGUGGGAUGGUAGUCUUUGGUCCAGAGCCGAAUGCGUUAGAGCUAGCUGCAGGCGUUGUACCCCAACCCUCCUUCAGAAAUAACCCCUCCGCUGCCCCCUCGCAAGCGCUGCAGCUCGUGCCGAGUAAGCUGCAAACGUCAAACAGCUCAGGCAUGAAAGGAGACCCUCGUGACGAAGGUACAACCAACAGUGGCGCACAUGACAACGACACUCCCGAAGACCAGCAGUACCUCGGAAAACAGAACACGCUGCUCGUCUGCCCGCCGAAGCUGUCGCAAUUCAAGGUCGCACUAUCAGAGGAACGCUUCCACACUGAGUUCAAGUCUCAAUUCGGAAAACGAGUCCUCCAUAUUGACGAGAAGGCGAAGCUCUCUUAUCUGACCAACAGUUCAACGAUCAAACUGGAGGGUACCUGCUGCGAGCAAUUCUACCGCGCGAGAACCACCAUGUACAAAAAGUCUGUCUGUAUUUGAUAGAUUGGAACGGUAGUAGUUGUUCCAGUUUAUUUGGCUUCUCGUCGACAUUGGAAAGAACAAAGUGGCCUUUUUGCGCGCGACCCCAGCUCCCACCCCAUAAAGGUUGAGCCAUCCGAUUUGGCGCUAACAGACUCACUCAUAGGAUCCCUAAUUGUCGCACUUUACGAAACAUUCAUCUUAUUCUUGUCAUUUCCCACUUCUCGUUCUCACCGCUUUCAUAGAAGGAAAGGCUCUCCGCCAGAGUGCCGCGAGGAAGUGUCUGAACCAUGUAGUCAGAAUUCUCAUUGAGAUCCUCAUACUCAUUGAAUUUUCCGCUUUAUCGAAUAUGAAUAUAUUACGGAGAUGCAGACGGAUGAAUGUUGGUAAUGGAUGACGAAGUAAUGAAACAUAGCAAAUGAAUGAAGAAUUAAGAGGGAGCGUGACGAGCUUGCUGAGGUAACUCGAGACUGGUGACAACUCGG